UCACUAAACAAAAGAGACACACUCGAUCUCUCUAUCACCCAAGGCAUCACCAGCACCCUUAUGCUCCUAAAAUUUUCUUUUUCUCCUCUUCUCCUCCCUUGCAUUCUCUUCUCCUUUCUCAUCUUCACGGUGGGGCUAUGGUAUAGUUAGUGAGCUGAAUUUAUUCAUGGCAGUGCAAGUAGAGUAGUGAAGUGUAAGUCUCUCUCCCUUUCUCAUUUUUGUCUCUUCCUCUUUGACAAAAGCUUGGCUAUGGGUAUGGGUGUUGACAGCCAUUGAAAGGCAAAGCUUAAAAGUAGAGCUUGGGUUCAAGUCCUCCGUCACAUUUGACCUUUGGGUAACGAUUAUUGGUGUUAGGACUUUCAAUCUACCGAUUAUUUUGAGUCAACUGAUCGAGCCACUUUCUCCAUGGAUCUAUAAAGCAAGAAACGCCCGCCUUGAUCAAUCAUGAUGCUCGUGCAGAAUUGAAUAACGUGGAGAUCGAGAACAAAAGAAAGAAACUAAUUAGGAAAAUGACUGAUCAGAUGAAGAAUGAGAUCAUUUCCAGGACUUGCAUCAAACCCUCCUCACCCACUCCGCCCCACCUGAAAAACUUCAAACUCUCUCUUCUUGACCAGCUGCUUCCCAAUAUCCAUGGCAACAUGACCUUCUUCUUCCCCUCCGUCGAUGCCCCCACCGACCCUGACUUGGAAUUCUCACGCAAAUCCCAACUCCUCCAGAAAUCCAUAUCCGAAAUCCUCACCACCUUCUACCCUCUUGCCGGGCGCCUCGCCGACAACUCCACCGUAGACUGCAACGACGACGGUGCUCUCUUCAUCGAAGCCCGAACCGAUAGCCUACUUUCGGACUUCCUUAGCAAACCGGACUAUGAAACACUCGACCCCUUCCUCCCCACCACAGACCCAGAAACCAUGGAAUUAUCCAAGGGUUCUUUUUGGCUCGUGAAAUUUUCCGUGUUCAGCUGCGGUGGCACAGCCAUCAGUCUGUCGCUCACUCACAAAAUCGCUGACUUCGCUGCGUUAAUCACACUGUUAAAGAGCUGGACCGCAAUCUGUCGUGGAUCGAGCGAACUGCUAGUCCCGGAGUUCACCGCAGCUUCUAUCUUGCCGCCCAGAGAGAUUCCGGGCAUGUCAGCGUCCGUGCACAUUGCCGGCGAGAAUUUCAUAGCAAGGAGGUUCGUGUUCAGCGCCUCCAAGGUCGUGGAGCUUAAAGAAAAAGUUCAAAGCGUGCUUGGACGAGAGCAGUUCUACGUCUCGCGUGUAGAGGUGAUACUAGCACUCCUAUGGAAAUGUGCAGUGGCCGUUGUCAAAUCAAAAACUGGGUCGUUCAAGCCGACGGCGUUGUUCCAAGCUGUGAAUCUCCGCUCGAGAAUGGACCCGCCGCUGGCGGACACCGUGUUUGGGAACUUUGUGUGGCCGUUUGCAGUGAUCGUGGAGGAAGAGAGCGACAUGGAAAUACACCAGCUGGUGCAAGACAUGAGGAAGAACAAGAAUGACUUUCUCAACAACAAGGCGAAGAGGUUUCAAGGGGAGGGAGGUUUCUCGGCUCUAAUGGAGGCUCUUAAGGAGAGGGGGGAGAUCUUCAAGAACAGGAAGGAAUUGGUCGCAUACAAAUGUUCAAGUUGGUGCAAAUUUCCGUUGUAUGAAACCGAUUUCGGGUGGGGCAAGCCGGCGUGGAUGACAAGUUCAAAUAAGCUGGUGAGUAAUACCAUUUCUUUGCUGGAUACGAGUUCCGGCGGAGUUGAAGCUCUGAUAACAUUGGAUGAGGAAGAAAUGGCCGUAUUUGAACGCCAUGAGGAGCUCCUGGAAUUUGCUUCGGUGAACCCUAGCAUUGUUGUUUGAUUUCAUGACUGCUGGCGAAAUUUAAUGUGUUUUUUCUUCUUCUUCUUCUUGGUGAUAUUGAUCUUUAUGAAAAUUGUUUGUGCAGGCUUGCAGCUAGCUAAUAUAUCUUUAUAUGAAUAUUAAAAUAAAAUAAAAUAAAAUGAAAUUGUCCCCCCAUCCAAA